AUGGAGCACGACGGCCAAGGUAACCGUUGCGGGGACGAGACGACGAUGGGCAGCGUGAUGGCUCCUCUGGUCCAGGCGGCUUUCCACCGCUACCACUGGUCGAUGUGCAGCGGGCAAGAACUCAAGCGAUACAUCCACACGUACGACUGCCUGCUGGAUGACCCCUUCAAGCACGACUGGCCGCAGCUCCCCGAGCUGCCCGGGAUCAACUAUUCCAUGGACGAGCAGUGCCGCUUCGACUUUGGCGUAGGCUACAAGAUCUGCACCUCGUUCCGCACGUUCGACCCGUGCAAGCAGCUGUGGUGCAGUCACCCCGACAACCCUUACUUCUGCAAGACCAAGAAAGGCCCGCCCCUCGACGGAACCGAAUGUGCGCCUGGCAAAUGGUGCUACAAGGGUCACUGCAUGUGGAAGAAUCCCAGCCAGGUGAAGCAAGACGGCGCCUGGGGCCUGUGGGGUAAACAUGGCUCCUGCUCGCGCUCCUGCGGGACCGGCGUCCGCCUCCGGACGCGACAGUGCAACCAACCCACUCCCCUCAAUGGCGGCCAGGACUGCCCUGGGGUCAACUUUGAGUACCAGCUGUGCAACACAGACGACUGCCCUAAGCAUUUUGAGGACUUUCGAGCGCAACAGUGUCAACUCCGCAACUCCCACUUUGAGUUCCAAAGUGCCAAGCAUCAUUGGCUGCCCUACGAGCAUCCCGACGCCAACAAGAGAUGCCAUUUGUACUGUCAGUCCAAGGAAACGGGCGACGUGGCCUACAUGAAGCAGCUGGUGCAUGACGGCACGCGAUGCUCCUACAAGGAGGCCUACAGUGUCUGCAUCCGCGGCGAGUGUGUGAAAGUCGGCUGCGACCGUGAAAUCGGCUCCAACAAAGUUGACGACAAGUGCGGCGUUUGCGGAGGAGACAACUCCCACUGUCGCACCGUCAAAGGAACCUUCACCCGGACUCCCAAGAAAGCCGCAAUCAAGAACCAGGCGACGGGCCACUACAUCCUCAACGGCAAAGGAGAGGAGCUCAAGUCCAGGACCUUCAUCGAUUUGGGCGUGGAGUGGCACUACAACAUCGAGGAAGACGUGGAAACGCUACACACCGACGGACCCCUGCACGACCCCGUGGUGGUUCUGAUCAUACCCAAAGAAAACGACACGCGGUCCACUCUGAUGUACAAGUACAUUAUCCACGAAGACUCGGUGCCCGUCAACAACAACAAUGUGAUCCAGGAGGACACGUAUGAGUGGGCUCUCAAGAGCUGGUCUCCUUGCUCGAAGCCCUGCGCCGGAGGCUACCAAUACACCAAGUACGGCUGCCGGAAGAAAGGCGACACCAAGAUGAUCCACAGGGGCUACUGUGACGUCGGCAAAAAGCCCAAACCCAUAAGACGCAUGUGCAACCUGCAGGACUGCACGCAACCCCAGUGGAUCUCGGAUGAAUGGGAACAUUGCACGCGCACGUGCGGCAGCCUGGGCUUCCAGGUGCGCACGGUGCGCUGCGUCCAGCUGCUGCACGACGCCGCCAACCGCUCGGUGCACAGCAAGUACUGCAGCGGCGACCGGCCCGACACUCGCAGGCCCUGCAACCGUCUGGCUUGCCCCUCGCACUGGAGGACGGGAGCCUGGUCCGAGUGCUCCGUCACUUGCGGCGAGGGCACGGAGAGGCGACUGGUCACCUGCCGAAUUGGAGACCAUUGCGGCGGAGACAAGCCGGAGAACGUGCGCAUAUGCCGGCCUGGACCAUGCCACGACGAGCCCUGCCACGGAGACAAAUCCAUCUUCUGCCAGAUGGAGGUUUUGGCUCGCUACUGCUCCAUCCCGGGCUACAACAAACUCUGCUGCGAGUCAUGCAGCAAACGGGCGACAGGGGGCACUUUUUUCUCCGAGCCAGAGGACCACGUACGCUUCGGUUCUGCCUCUCAGUUGCUGGAGACGCUGAUGGCCAAUGCCACACGCGCCGCCAAACAACAACAAAAUGCCAGCAGACGGCAACAAAAUGGCAAUAAGCCACAGGAAAAUGGUGGCAAACAGCAACAAAAUGGCGGGAAAGCGCAGCCAAACGGCGGGAAAGCACAGUCAAACGGCGGGAAAGCGCAGCCAAAUGGCGGGAAAGCGCAGCCAAAUGGCGGGAAAGCGCAGCCAAAUGGCGGGAAAGCGCAGCCAAAUGGCGGGAAACAGCAACAAAGUGGUCGGAAACAGCCGCUAAACAACGGGAAACAACAACAAAACGCCGGCCGGUCGAGACUGGUCACCACGCCUGCCCCACCCAAGAAAGCCAAAACGGCGCCAACGCCCCGGAGGAACCCGAGGGACGCCGCCCACGACGGGAGGCAGCGGCCCGCGGGUGGCGGCUUCACCGACAGCCGGUGGCCCACCACGUACUCGCAAGUGGAGAGAUGAAAGUGGCGCCUUCUUUUCAUGGGACUACGCAGACACAGCAGCUUCAUCCUUCACCCGCUAACAUCAACGACGACGUCCUCAUCGAAGACACAAACAAAGAGGUGCUGGUUCACUUUGUUAUUUAGAGUUACCGAGCUGUCGUAGAUAGGAAGCCAGAGCAGUUGUUUCACAAAGGGCACAAAAAUUUUAAGGGAUUUUUGUCAAACACAAAACCAUUCAAAUCACACAUAGGAGCAAUGAAACUCUUUCCGGAUGUCAAACAGAAACCUCACUUUAUUUUUCUUUAAUGUAAAGUUCUUGCUGUCAUAACAUGUGGAAACGACCCUAACAAUGUUGAGAUGAAAAUCGGAUCAUCAAAGCCAACAAAGUUCCUCAAAAAUCCACCGUGUGUUUUUUAGUCUCGAUAAACAUACGCGUUUGAAUAAAUAUCAACUCGGAAAGGCCGUUUACUGUACAAAUACAUAUAGUUCUGGACAUCAAAGCUAAUUUAGUCAUCAAUGACCCUAAUAGAUUUGACUUUUUUUAUAUAAAAAAAAUAUAUAUAUAUUUAGUCUUCAAUGAGACUUAAGCGAUUUCCCCAAAUAUCAAGGACAGAUAAGUUUUUGAGAAAAGCAAGGGACACACGUUGGGAGACUAAUUGGACUUUUAAGAACUUAUUGUGUGUCUUAUAAGACAUCAAAGAUAAUUUAAAGUCUUCAAUGAACCUUUAAAAAAAAUAAAACAAUCAAAAAGAACUACUCUUGAGAGAAGUAACAAAAUAUCACAUUCAAUUUAGUCCCUACAAACCGAAUCAUACCUGUUUUCAUAAAUAUUAAAAUGAUAUUUAUUGUUGCUAUUGUGAAUAGCUUGUUGCUAGAACAUCAAAGGCAGUUGCUCUUUUUAUUCAAAUCAAAAUUCUGCAUAUGGCAUACUUAGUACAAGGUGAUAUGGAAUUAUGACAUGAUAGUGAUUUAGUAUUUACAAACUGGAUCCAUUUUCUCCUUUACCAUCUCAGUGUUUAUUAAUAUGAAACUGUUAACAUGUGUUUGUACCUAGCUGGAUGUAGCAGCUGUAACUUUCCAAAGCUACAGCCACAGCUAGCUUUGUCUUAGCUUCACUCACUGAAAAUAAUUUUUGAUGAAAACAACGCACAACAGCUACACGUUUGCCGAAAGUAUUCUCUACUUACACAUUAGCAUGUUUAGCAUCUGCCUAGCAUGGGUGGAUUUUACAAAUGAUUUUGAUUUACCGUGGCGCAACACAAUUGGCGCAAAAGCGGCUGCCAAUCUUUUACCUUCAUUAGCGUCUUGAGCAAGUCGCUCCCAUCUUUACCCUGAACUAACAUCUUUAGCAUCCUAAUGUGAUCACAAAUGUUGAUCAUUUGGAUGGGCCUUUUCACAAUUUCUGGGGAUUAACAAUGACGAAUGGAACAUUCCGAACGUCCUUCCAGAGAAUUCAUAUUUGAUACUUGAAUACAUGCUAGAAUUAAAUGUAGUGUCUCGCUAUAUCUGCCCAUUUCUUCCGUUUAUAGCUUGGCUUUGCUCACGUCCAACAUUUUAGCAAUGAUCUAAAUGGCGUUUUUGAUGACUGAAGAAGACAACACGAAGAAAACCAGAAAACAACAACAACGGAUUUCCUCACAAGCACGCCAUGCAUCUGACUGCAAUAAAAACACAACACAACAAUGUAUAGUACGUGUAUAUAGAUAGCAUUGAGUGCAAACAUAUUUAUUGAAGGGCGGUGCUGAUUGCGCAAUAACAUUUUUUUUACUUUUCCAGUAAGAUUCUCAUUUUUAAAUUUUUUAAAAGAUUUUUUUUUUAUUAGAGUACUAGAAUAGAAACUGACAUUGUUUUUUGCAAACAAUUAGAUGUAAAUAUACACGCUCAAUUUUGAGAUGUUUGUCACCAGGCUGUCUUUUCACAGCUGUUUUUGUUUGUAGCAACUGACCCGGCGAGCGCUUCACGCUAACCGCUAGUGUAUUUGUUAGCUGCGCGUCACUGCCGAGCUUUGUAAUGACGCUAGUCGCGCAGGACAAAACCCCUGAGCCUCCUUCCAGUACUGUAUCCAUACAACCUGUGCAUUGUCAUGUCUCCAUUGUGCUUGUCUUGUGUAUUUUGUGUAGAUCCAAGUGUACACUACUACUGAUGCUGUUUGUUGGAAUGGGGAGCACAUAGCAAUAAAGAAUAGGAUCAACAUG